AGACGCCAAUAGGUAGUAGCUAGGUAGUGCGACUUUCGUUUUACAGGACCCGAAGGUUCCCGAAAUUUCCCGAAGUUUACAUUUAGGGCUUUGAAAAUUUGCAGGCUCUUUUCUCUCCUACGUAUCGUAGUCAUCGUGCUCCACGGUUUAUAAUUAAGGGCUUACAGAGACAGCGAAACCGGAAUCGGACUUUCCGAGGUUGGGUUUGUGAUCGCCGUAGGGGUUGAAAGGAUUCUCUGGUAGCUACUAAAAUUGGAAACUGAGGUUACUUUCUAAACCAUUUCAGCUAGCAUGGCCAAUCAGCACUCCAGUGAAGGCUCUAGUUCUGGCAACGUUGCUGGGGAAAGUUCUGAUUCAACUGUUGAGAUCAAUAUUAAGACUUUAGACUCACAGAUAUAUAGUUUUCAAGUGGAGAAAAAUAUGCCAGUUUCAUUGUUCAAGGAAAAAAUAGCUAAUCAAAUAGGUGUUCCAGUUGGUCAGCAGCGGCUGAUUUUCAGGGGAAAGGUGCUAAAGGAUGAUCAUCCUCUCUCUGAGUAUCAUUUGGAAAAUGGGCAUACAUUGCACUUAGUUAUAAGGCAACCAUCCCAGUCACAACCUUCAUCUGGGACAAGUUCUGGCGACCCACAUGUGAAUAAUGGAAAUGAGGCUAGUGGUGUUCCUCGUGGUCGCAUUGGACAGAUAUCACACAGCGUAGUCCUUGGGACAUUUAAUGUUGGAGACCAAGGUGAAGGCAUUGUUCCUGACCUUAGUCGGGUUAUUGGUGCAGUUUUGAAUUCUAUUGGAGUCGGCACCCAGGCUACAACUAAUGUUACAGGCAACGUACAGUCCACUACUUCGUCAAACAAUUCUGGCCAGUCACCUCACGGAAAUGAUGCAGAAGGGUUGCAUAAUGUCAUUGGUCUGAACCGAGGAGGAAAUCAAGCACAGUCUGGACAGGCAUUUCCUGCUCAACCAUUUCCAACUUUUCCUCAAGCUGUGCAAAGUCCUGCAGCUGCAGCAUUUCCAAUUCCUUCGUUGAAUAUGCCAAUUCCAGACUCUUUGAAUACGCUCUCUGAGUUUAUGAACAGAAUGGAGCAGGCAUUGACACAAAAUGGUUACCAGCCAAAUUUAUCUGCAACAAACACAGGAGACAUGCCGAGGGUGAAUUUACCUUCCAAUGCACAGGGGAUGCCCACACCUGAAGCAUUGGGCAUUGUUCUUCGUCAUGCAGAGCGACUUCUAAGCAGUCAUGCUGUUUCUGCACUAUCUCACAUUGCAGGACGCUUGGAGCAAGAAGGAGCAUCUUCAGAUCCCUCCGUGAGGGGCCAAAUUCAGACAGAAUUUAUGCAAGUAGGGCUUGCAAUGCAACAUUUAGGUGCUCUUUUCCUUGAGCUUGGCCGGACAAUUUGGACACUUCGUAUGGGACAGUCUCCUGGAGAAGCUGUUGUGAAUUCUGGGCCGGCAGUUUAUAUUUCCCCAUCAGGGCCUAAUCCCAUAAUGGUCCAGCCUUUUCCUCUUCAAACAAGCACAAUGUUUGGUGGUUCUGUACCUCAAUCAAAUCCUAUGACUUUUGGUCCUGUUGGUGUUGGAAGUGCUCCAAGGAAUGUAAACAUUCAUAUACAUGCUGGUACCUCACUUGCGCCAAUGGUUUCUGCAGUUGGUGGUGCUAGGGGAAGUAAUGGGGAGGGUAUGCCGAGAGAACAUCGUAAUGGGUCUGGUUCUAGAGAUUCAGGUGCACGGGUGCUGCCAGUGAGAAAUGUAAUUGCUGCCACUAUGCCAACAUCCCAAACUGGUAUUGCAAUCUCUGGUGUGUCACAACCAGGUCUUUCUGCUUCACAGCCACCUUCCGACUCCUCACUUUCCUCCAUUGUUUCUGAACUCAAUUCACAUAUUAGAAAUUUUGUUGGCAAUAUGCAAGGAGAAGACGCAGUUCAAUCAGGUCAAGAGGUACCCAAUGUUCAGAGUUCAUCUGUUGGCUUUGAAUUGCGUAAUGAUGCAGGAAGUGAACGGCCCAGUACUGCAUUUGUUGAUGGAGCUGGGGAAUCUAGUGUGCCGAUACCUGGUUGCACAUCUGAAGGUGGAGGUCAGAAGGAUUCAGGAAGUGUUCCUACCUUGAAAGAUGAUUCAAGAUUCCCAGCUGGAGGUCCUCUAAGCUCUUCAAGCGGACAAAAUACCUUGGCGAGAAAAGAUGAGAAAGAAAGUGGUCCACAAUCCAGUGAGAAGCAUGAUAUGACUGAGGGUACAAAAGCUGUUCCACUUGGAUUAGGACUUGGAAUUUUGGACCGUAAGAGACAAGGCAGGCAGCAAAAACCACUGGCCAAGAAUGGUGAUGGCGGAAUGGCUAGUGCUCCCAUCAAUCAGAAUCAGCAAGUAACAGGUGGUCAGCAAGUUUUGCAGUCUCUUGCAUCUCGUGGUUCUGCUGUAAGUAGGAUGAGCACAAGUGAUGCGCCUGCAAGACAAACAGCCCCUGCUUUUGGGCAGGUCAGAGAUGGUAGAACAUUGGGAGCGCAAGGUCCUGUUGACCAAGUUGAUAUGGGAAGCGUGAUGUCUCAGGUUCUGCGUAGUCCUGCCCUGAAUGGUUUAUUGGCAGGUGUUUCAGAGCAAACUGGAGUGGGUUCUCCUGAUGCAUUGAGGAAUAUGUUGCAGAGCUUUACACAGAGUCCACAGAUGAGGAAUGCUGUCAAUCAGAUUGUUGAACAGGUUGACAGCCAAGAUAUUGGAAACAUGUUUGCAGGACUUGGAGGAGGCGAAGGUGGCGGGAUUGACAUGUCCAGGAUGUUCCAACAAAUGAUGCCCAUUGUAUCUCGAGCCCUUGGGGCUGGGUCCACUCUCGGCCAACCAAACCCUGUUUUGGAACCUGAAUCUCAUCCACCAUACAAUGAGAGAAGUCUCAGCAGAGAUGAUAAUGUCCCAAAUCCUGAGAUUAACCUGCAAGAAGUGGUUCAGAGGAUUGGGAACCUGAAUGCACCAGGAGAUGUUUUUCACGCUGUAGUUGAAAAUUCAGUUGAGCUGUCUGGCAGAGGAAGCAGUCCACAAGAACUUGUGGAUGAGUUGUGCAGGGACGAUGGUCUAUCUAGAGAAUACGUUGAGAUGUUACGAAGGGACAUAUGUAGACGUCUUGAGGGUAAUUCGGGGCAGGACAAGUGUUAAUAUUAUUGCUUUGCGGGCGGGUGUUGCUAUGGAAUAUGGAUUCCCAUUGUUGGUCAGCAUGCGGGAGUGUGGGUUUGCUCAUCUUUUACAAGCUGUCGCUUGAAAUUUGUUUUACAGGUUGUCGAGAAUCUGAUGUACAAAUUAGGAUUGGGGAUUUGAUUUGCUUUGGAUAUAUUACCAUCUGGUUCGUUGUUGUUGUGUGAACCAGUUUUAUAAAUUUUUAAUUGAUUUUUAUUGUAAACAAGCACAUCAUCAGAUUAACUUAUAAUUUUUCAGUAAUGUUCGACCGCUCAGUUCUACAAAAAGAUAUGUAAGAGGUU